CACACAGACCACCUACAUCCAGUUACAAGGUACAAGAAAAUAUUAUCAGCCACUAUUAUUCCCCACUUCGCGUAAUCCGUACCUAAACCAACACCGUUACCUACACUCCAAGCCAAUUACAAUUCACAAUUGCAACCUUGGAAAAUUUAUAGACAUCGUCUCAAAGAAUACAUGAUAGGUACAUGCCCCCUAUCCAUUUGCUAAGGUACUGGAGGACGCAUGAACCGCGGCGAAUAUGUAAAUGGCCGCCAGCAUAAAUGUAUCUUGAAUGUUUGAGGAUCUUGCCGGGGGUUCCUCGUUCCUCGUCGUAAAAACGUAUGAGUAGACCGUUGCUGUGUUCACCAUGCAGAAACGUACAUACUACCUAAGUCUAAGGUUCUAAACUUUCAUAAACCGAGGUGCCUAAACGCCGCUGGGCUUAAACAGGUAGUUUAACACAACCUGUUGAGGACAUGCUUCGAUCAGUGAAACAGUCAAACGACCAAUAUCCACCAUGGAAGAGGUAAUAGAUCGAGUCCAAAGGAUCGACUUCCACCACCCAUAUACACCAUAUGACGUACAAGAACAAUUUAUGAACACUGCAUAUCAAGUUCUAGAGCGAGGAGAUGGUCAAGUCGGAAUUCUCGAGAGCCCAACUGGAACCGGAAAAUCCCUUUCUCUCAUAUGCGCUGCUCUCACCUGGUUACGUAACCACAAGAGAUCGAAGUAUGAGACUUCAGUUACCGAGGCCGCUCAGGAGUUUAAAGAUGAGCCGGAUUGGAUUGUCGAUCAGAUGCUAAAGCGAAAGAAGGAGGAGAUACUUAAGCAAUGGGAAGAGAGAGAGGCGCGCUUAAGGAAAAUACGAGCCAAGGAAAAAGCAAUAGAAGAGAGAGGGUCGAAACGAAGAAGACUAGAAGACGGCAACGUCAGAAAUAUUAAGAAGGCUGGCAACAAUGACGACGGCGAUGAUGAGUGGCUGUUAGAUGAAGGCCAGGACGAGGAUUUAUCCCAAGGUGGUGAUAACACGUCAGGAUUCAGCAAAGAGACGCGAGUCCUGAUGAACAAAUUAGGUUUAGGAAGUCUUCAACCCUCGGAAGAAAACGAAGACAUAAACGACAACGGUAUUAAGAUCUAUUAUACGUCAAGAACUCAUUCACAGCUAACACAAUUCAUCUCGGAACUACGCCGACCAACCUUUCCAACAUCACUGCCGGAUUCCCUUCUUGGUGACAACUCAGGCACCGUACCAGAAGGUAUCAAGCAUCUUCCGUUAUCUUCACGUCAGCGCCUCUGCAUAAACCCGGCUGUCUCUCGGCUCGGGUCUCUUCCUGCUAUCAAUGAUCGCUGCACCGAGCUUCAACAGUCGAAGUCGAAGGACAGGUGCCAAUUUGUACCGAAUGCAGAUAAUAUGAGUUCGACGCACCAGUUUCGAGACAGCGCCCUUGCCAAUCUUCCGGAUAUCGAGGAUCUCUUCGAGCUUGGGAAGAAGCUGCAGGUGUGUCCGUAUUAUGCCUCAAGGACAGCGGUACCUGGCGCAGAAAUCAUCACGCUUCCCUAUCCUUUGCUACUACAAAAGACGGCGAGGGAUGCUCUUGGCAUCAAGCUAGAGGGUAACGUGGUGAUCAUUGACGAGGCCCAUAAUAUCAUGGACGCAGUAGCUAACGUGUAUGCCUCGGAGAUCAGUCUGAACGAGUUAAAACGAGCUAGGCAAAUGCUCGGUGUUUAUGUGAAAAAAUUCGGGAAAAAGCUCAAGGGCGAAAAUCGAGUCAUGGUCGCGCAAGUUGCUAAGGUUGUGGACGGUCUAAGGGUAUGGCUAGAAGGCGCUGUAGAAAUGAAGAGCGAUCAAGGAAUAGUCGACCCUAACAUACUUCUGAAAUCCAAGGGCAUCGACCAGAUCAAUAUGUAUAAACUUAUUCAGUACAUACAAGACUCAAAACUCGCGUAUAAAAUUGAAGGAUAUGUGGCACACGCUGAGUCACAGGGCGAUAGCGAGGGCAAUGGUUCAUCUACAGUACGAUCAACGCCGGUUCUCCACGGUCUUCUCUCAUUUCUUGUCUCCUUGAACAACCUGAGUUCCGAGGGUCGUAUUUUCUAUCACAAGGUUUCUAAGGAUGAUAUCAAGCUCUCUUACCUUCUUCUCUCGCCCACACACGCAUUCUCUUCCAUAGCGUCAAGUGCACGAGCAGUCAUUCUCGCCGGUGGCACCAUGUCGCCGUUUGAGGAUUACACAGCACAUCUUUUCCCGGACUUGGCGCAGAGUAAGAUCACGACUCUCAGCUGCGGCCACGUGAUUCCGUCAUCGAACCUUUGCGUUUGGACAUUAUCAUCCCCGAGACCAAAGUCAGAUACUAAGGGCGUGGAGUUCGAGUUCAGUUUUCAAAAGCGCAGCGACAAGUCGAUGAUCUACGAGCUGGGAAUGGCAAUCCUCAACAUCUGCACUGUCGUUCCUGACGGUGUCGUUAUUUUCUUUCCUAGCUACGGAUAUCUCGACGAAGUGGUAUCUAUAUGGAGCGAAGCUAUUGCCGGCCAACCUAAACCCCUAUGGGAGAGACUGCAAGCUAAGAAAGCCGUGUUUCGCGAGACAAAGGGGGGAUCAAGCGACGAGGUGCUGGCGCAGUAUAGCGAAGCAAUCCUAGGCGAGAACAAGCCUAGCUCUCAAGCUAAUAGAAACGGAGCGUUGCUAUUAAGCGUUGUUGGUGGAAAGAUGAGCGAAGGUAUCAACUUUUCCGACCGGUUAGGUCGUUGCGUAGUAGUCGUCGGGCUGCCAUAUCCGAAUAUCCAUUCGCCGGACUGGAAAGCCCGGAUCGAAUACAUCGAGUCUACCACACUCGAACGCCUGAAAGCCACCAGCCCUUCCACGCCGAAAAGCGAGGCUCUUACAAUAGCGAAGCAGGCGGCUCGCGACUUUUACGAGAACGCGUGUAUGCGCGCGGUGAACCAGAGCAUCGGACGCGCCAUUCGUCACCGAAACGACUACGCAGCUAUCGUGCUAGUUGACCGACGGUUUGCAGCCGAUCGUAUUAAGACCAAGCUACCUGGUUGGAUCCGUGGCGGCUUGGUUGAGGGGAGUGAGAACGGGGGGUUGGGACAAAUGAUGGGAAAACUGAGCGGCUUCUUCAGGGGUAAGAAAACACUGACGAACCCUUAGAAAAUAAUUACUAGUGAAUUACCUAAGUAGGUAAACAACUGGCUAUUCUAACCUCCUAUCAUGAUAUUUACCUCAUGUUACGUACCUAGGUGCCUGUAGGAUGUAGCUAAAAUCCAAAUCAUAGCGGUUGAGAAGAGGUAAAUUACAACUUUGAAUAAUGAA